GUAAGUUUGAUCUUCUCCAUUCAUAUUUAUUAUCGUUAUUUACAGACGAUGUAGCUUUACGUUAAUUCCAGCAUGCAUUGCCUACAUGCAGAAUAGAGUUUCGUGAAAUUAAGUGAUGAUACAUCAAUAAUGGCAACCACAAAAGAGUUCAACCCCAAGUUCGACCCCAACACGGAGGCGUUCCAAAUGCGAGCCCAGUGGAAGAAGGUGGACAUCUGCCGCAAGCAGUGGUUCGAGCGGUGGAGCUGGCUACUGGACGAGAGGAAAAAAGCACUAGAAGAGUCCGACAAAAUUCGUCAGGAAGCCGCGUCAGCUCUACAUCAGGUGUUCACCAAAACAGAACUGGUCAAGUCUCUGAAGCCGGUGCCAGUCACGUCAACUGGCUUCAUAGGAUGGCUGGCUUCGAAGCCAGAUUGCCAGUUGGAAAUUUAUACAUCAUGGCUUUCGAAAAUACCCAGGCGACUACCUGAUGCCUGGGAUGAUAAGGACUACCUUAGUCCAGGGCAAUCAUUGAAGGCUGUAGAGUGAUUUUAAUCGAGAUAUGCAAGCGAUUUGAAUCGAAGAUCUUCGUGUAAAUGGAUAAUAAUUAUGAUUUAAACAUUGAUAAAUUA